GUAGAUGAACCUCGUGGAUCAUUCGAUAUUGUACUGAAGACCGGCCAUCAGCUCAAGAACUGUUUAUCUCUAACAGACUUUUAAACAUGGAGAAUGUUUUAACUUUUAAUAACUAUGAUAGUAAAUACUGGGAUGAAAAGGAAAUUGGUGAAAUCACGACUUUGGACGACAUGAUUCGUAAACUUUACGACGUUUUUGCUGAAGACACUGUGAAUGUCGAAUAUGUCAAAGCUGUUCUUGCAUCAUAUAAAAGUAAUCCUAAAGAUUGGAAAAAAUACGCAAAGUUUGAUCAACACAGAUAUACAAGAAAUCUUAUUGAUGGAGGUAAUGGAAAAUUUAACCUAAUUGCCCUAUGCUGGGGAGAAGGUCAUGGUUCGUCCAUUCACGAUCAUAGAUUAAUGAGCAUUCACGAACAACAACGAAAUUCUAUAACAAUUAUGACUUGUGAAUAUUAUGCACACGAAAGUGAUGCACACUGUUUUGUUAAAAUAUUGGAUGGAUGUUUAAAAGAAACCAUGUACAAUUGGCCAGAGAAGGAAGGUGAACCAAUGGUUGAAAGAAGCUCUGUUACUUAUGAAAAAGAUGGUGUUACUUACAUAAAUGAUUCUAUGGGCCUACAUCGAAUGGAAAAUCCAUCUCACUCCGAUACAUGUGUUUCAUUACAUUUGUACAUUCCAGCUUUUGAAAUGUGCAAAACUUUUGACCAGAGAAGCGGAAGACAAAACAAAGUAAAAGUAACGUUUUGGAGUAAAUACGGACAGAGGACCAAAUUUAGCGAACAGGGAUGCGAAAGUAACGGAUCACAAUUGGCUUGUUAUCACCAAGCUGAAAAUAAUUGA